GCCUUUUUGCCUUCCAGGUAUGCAGAGGCACAAGGAUGAAGGGCAGGACGCCUGGGAUAUCAGAAAAAGGCCUGGGAUAUCAGAAAAAGGCCUGGAAAUAGAGGAGUCAAACAAGCUUGAACUCCACUUCUGUAUUAGAAUAGGCAGCCCCCACACUUUAAAAGAAGAAAUAAGGAAGAAGAGGCCAUUGGAGUCUGUCAGUCGUGGUCAGAGCAAGUGGACAGUUUGAAGGGCUUCUUCAUUAAACCUUCAGGGAAUACUGGCUCCUGGAAAGGAGAAUUGCUCGGCAUUAAAGUAUCCAACAGUGAAAAUGCAGUAACCAUUUCACGUGGAGCCCACAAACAUAGUCAGUGUGAAUGAUGACAUGCAAAGAGUCACUGAUGAAGCUUCAGCAAUGAAUAAGCGGAUUCAUUACUACAGCAGGCUCACAUCCCCUGCAGACAGGGCAUUGAUUGCUCCUGAUCAUGUCCUCCCAGCUCCUGAUGAAAUCUACGUGUACAGUCCAUUAGGAACUGCUUUUAAAGUUGACAGUUGCACAGAUGGCUAUGGUAAAAACUCCAGUCUAGUGACAAUAUUUAUGAUAUGGAAUACUAUGAUGGGUACAUCCAUAUUAAGUAUCCCAUGGGGAAUAAAACAGGCAGGCUUCACUUCUGGAAUUGUUCUCAUCUUACUGAUGGGCAUUUUGACUCUUUAUUGCUGUUACAGAGUUGUGAAAUCACGGCAAAUGAUACCUUUAACAGAUACCUCAAACUGGGAAUUCCCAGAUGUUUGCAAGUAUUACUUUGGAUCCUUUGGUCAAUGGUCAAGCCUCUUAUUUUCUAUGGUAUCACUUGUUGGAGCCAUGGUUGUUUAUUGGGUACUUAUGUCCAACUUUCUGUUCAACACAGGGAAAUUUAUAUACAACUUUGUUCAUGACAUUAAUGUAACAGAUAUUGUUCCUGGCACCAAUGGAAGUAACAAAGUCAUUUGUCCAAAUGCUGCUGGUGAUCUCCCACCACAGAACAGGAGUGUGAUGUUCUCUUCUGGCAACAGAACAGGUUUUGAACUCUUUGAGGAAUGGUGGGACAAAUCAAAAACAGUACCAUUUUACCUGAUUGCAGUUCUUCUACCCCUGCUAAAUCUGAAGUCUCCAUCAUUCUUUGCGAAGUUUAAUGUCCUAGGUACAGUUUCAGUUGUCUACUUAGUUUUUCUGGUUACAGUAAAGGCUGCUCAUCUGGGAAUACACUUAGAAUUCAACUGGUUUACAGAGAAUGAAUUUUUUGUACCAGAGUUUAGAAUUCUGUUCCCUCAGCUCACAGGGGUUCUAACACUUGCCUUCUUCAUCCACAAUUGUGUAAUCACACUUCUUCAGAAUAACAGGAAUCAAGAAAACAAUGUGAGAGACCUCUCUAUUGCAUACUUCCUGGUUGGACUAACAUAUCUCUAUGUUGGAGUGAUAAUUUUUGCGUCUUUUCCUUCUCCACCAUUAUCCAAAGAAUGCAUUGAACAGAAUUUUCUAGAUAACUUUCCCAGUGAUGACAUCAUGUCAUUUGUUGCAAGAAUAUUCCUGCUGUUCCAAAUGAUGACUGUAUACCCACUAUUGGGCUAUUUGGCACGAGUUCAGCUGUUAAGACAGUUUUUUGGAAAUGCUUACCCAAGCCUUUUCCAUGUGCUUGUCCUGAACCUAGCCAUUGUAGGAGCUGGAGUAGCAAUGGCAAGAUUUUAUCCAAAUAUAGGAGGUAUCAUAAGAUACUCUGGAGCAACAUGUGGUCUGGCCUUUGUGUUCGUGUAUCCAUCACUCAUCUACAUGAUCUCCCUGCACCGUGCUGGGCAGCUGACGUGGCCCGCACUGAUUAUUCACAUCUUUAUAAUCCUCCUUGGACUGGCUAAUCUGAUUGCACAAUUCCUAUUGUGAAAACUCCCCUUUCUCCCGUGCUUGUCACAAUUGGUACUGCGAUAUUUGGCAACAGCCUUGAGCAACAGUGAGGCAUGAGGACCAUCCUCCAUGUGAGGAUCUUGGGAAAAGCUUCACCUUUGAAAAAAAUUCGAAGCACAUCAUUCAAGUGUUCUACAGAAAACAUGUCUUGCUUCCCUGAAAUCACAGUCUUAUGAGAAGUGAAAUGGAGUUCUCCUGGUUUUGUUGAAGGGAUAUCAAAAAUUAACGACACUGAAAUAUUUUAAUAUUUUACAGCACAUUUCUCCAAACACAGAGCUUCCAGCCUCAAGCUGUGGAAGUCUUUCCUCCAAAUGGGCUGUCCUUACCUUGAUUAGCAGACAUACUUUCUCAGUAUUGUUCAGUGACUCUUUGAAAUAUUCUUUUGUUGCAGUUAUUUUCCUGAUUUGUUUGGAAAAUGAAGAAUUUAUUGUCUCUCUUCUUUUUUUUAGGUUAAUUUAUAGUCACUUGGGUCAAAAUGCACUCUUAAUUUUGAAUACACUAUUAAAUUGUUUUGGCAAUAUUUUUCCUCUAGGAAGUUCCAACAACAAGAAACAAUAAACUCAUGUUUCAGUGUUUUAUUCAGAACCAAUAUGUACACAACUUAUUUGUGAUCUUACAAUACAAAAAAGCCAGGAGGAUAAAAAAAAAUUAGAAGGAGACAAUUAAAAUCAGUAAUUCCAGGCUUGACCUCAGUUCAACUCUGUUACUGGGCUAUUAUGUGCUGUGAAGUUGUCUUGUCAGGAUUUGCAUGUGGUUUUUAUGGAUGCAUGGUGUACACAACGUUUGUUCAUCACAGGCCUGCCCUUGUAGGGUCUUCCUCUGCUGGUCUCUCAAUUCCCCACUACAUUACUCUAGACAUUUUGGAUGUGAGCAGAGAGACAAAGCCAGCAGUCUUCAGAAUUGUGGAUGAAGUGAAAGAAUUAAAGUUUUAAAUAAUUUUUAACAGAA